AUGUCAUUCUCCCAGCCAUCUUCCAUGUCCGGAAAAGACAUCGAGUCCGACGCAACGAUCGACAGUCAUGUCAAGUCAGAGGUUGUAGCGGACGAACCACCGAAGCCCGCAGGACCCCUCCGCCACCAAAUGGAGGCACAAGAGCAUGGCUCCAAGUCCUUGUCUUCGAUUGCUUGGAUUGGAUCGCUGCAGGCGUUUCUGAUGCUGGUAAUUGGAGUUCUGUGUGGACGUGCUCUCGAUGCUGGGUAUUUCUACGCGGAUAUCACCCUAGGUGUCUUUCUCGAAGUAUUCGGCAUGAUGAUGACUUCGAUUUGCAAGGAGUACUGGCAGCUCAUCCUAGCCCAGGGCCUGUGUGUCGGUAUUGGCGCCGGAAUGUCGUUCAUCCCCAGUGUCGCCAUCGUAGGCACGUAUUUCUCGACGCGACGAUCCACCGCGCUGGGUCUGGCUGCCACUGGCUCAAGCGUCGGAGGCAUCAUCUACCCCGUCGUGCUGAGACGUCUGAUCGUCCAGAUCGGACUGCCCUGGGCGGUCCGAGUCAUGGCAUUUAUCAUGUUGGGAACGCUUCUCAUCUCGGUCGCUGUGAUGAAGCCUCGUCUUCCGCCUCGCAAGUCAGGUCCGCUGAUCAAUGUCGAGUCGCUCCGCGACACGGUCUUCGUCCUUUGGCUCUUCGCUGCAUUCUUUAUCUUCAUCGGUCUCUAUAUCCCAUUCUUCUACGUCGAACAGUACGGUAUCAACCUCGGCAUGUCGCAGGACUUGGCUUUCUAUAUGCUGAUCAUCAUGAACGCGGGCUCGAUUCCAGGCCGUGUCUUGCCGUCCAUCAUCGCCGACAAGAUCGGUAACCUGUCGGUCAUGAUCCCGUCUGUCCUUUUCACCGGUAUCUUGAUGCUCGCGUGGAUCAGUGUUGAGUCCCAGUCGGGUCUGAUCGCCAUUUCGGUCUUUGUCGGCUUGACAAGUGGGUCUAUCCAGGCUGUGCUUCCUGCCACGGUAGCCUUCCUUUGUCCCGAUCUGUCAAAGUUGGGCACGAACAUUGGCAUGACCCUCUUUGCGUCGGGUCUGGGUUUGUUGAUUGGUAGCCCUGUUGCGGGUGCGAUUUUGGACCGCCAGCGGACGUCGGGAGGAGAUGUUUUCUGGGGUACAUUGACCUUUUCUGGGCUAUUCAUCUUGGCGGGAGGUGUGUGUUUGAUCAUUGCUCGUGUGGUCAAGGUGGGAUUCGGGCUGAAGAAGGCUUGA